AUGGCCGCUGAAGGAGAAUCCCAGCCCGCCGUCUGUCCCGUCGACCAUCACGCUCGCGCCGCCUGGCUCGAGCAAGCGCAAAAGGCCGCCGCAGCCGGAGAAGCCGCACCGCCGCUCCCGCACCCGCUGCCACCAGCACCAGCAGCAGCAGCAGCAGCCGCCUCUGCUCCCCCUCAGAAGCCCGUCUCGUCGUCGGCAUCCGACGGCUGCGAUUCAACCAAGCUCGACCAAUCCCUCCCGCCAUCCACCGGCUCCUCGCUCCUCGGUUACCUGGGCCUCAAGCAGGACCGCGAAGUUUCGACCAUCCCGCGCGCAUUCCCUGGGGACCAAACGGCGGCGGGGCGGCCGCCGGCGAACAAUGAAGGCGAGACGGGCCAGGACAAGGGAUCGGGCAACUGGAUCUACCCGAGCGAGGAGAUGUUCUUCAACGCGAUGCGCCGCAAGAAGUUCGACCCGCGCAUCGAGGACAUGCGCAGCAUCGUGCCGAUCCAUAACGCGGUGAACGAGCGGGCGUGGAAGGAGAUCAAGGAGUGGGAAGAGGGGAGGGGUAGCGCGAGCUGCGGUGGCCCCAAACUCGUGGCUUUCUCGGGUAACUCGCAGAAGUUGACGCCUCGCGCACGGUGGAAUACGCUCCUCGGAUACCAGGCGCCAUUCGAUAGGCAUGAUUGGGUCAUCGAUCGCUGCGGGACGACGGUUGAAUACGUCAUUGACUUCUACUCCGGCCGUAAUGAAGGGAAGGCAGGCAAGAGCUUGAACUUUUACUUGGAUGUCAGGCCGAAGCUGAAUAGCUGGGAGGGCGUCAAGACACGAGUCUCGAAGUUUUGGGGCUUUUAA